AUGAAUCAACAAACCGUAAGCACCGAAAAUGAUGCUGAUGAUUCGGAUUCUCUCAGUGACAAUACCGUAGUGACUCCAAAAAGAAUUUCACGACGAAGUGCUACGGUAUCUCCAGCAACUCGUAAUCGUCUAAGAAAUAAUUCAAAAACAAGACGUCGUUCAGACGCAAAUCUGUUCAUUCCAAUUCGAGGAUCGUCACAGAAAAUCUCUGCAGACAAAUCUCCGCUUUGUAUUGCAAAAGCAAAUCUUCGUAAAACGAACAGUUUACCCAGCGUAGAACAAUCACAACAAGCUCAUGUUCAAGCGAUUCGUCAGUUGCUGGAUACAUUUCCACUACAGGUCAAUAAUCAAAGUUCCAGUGCCCACGAUGUUUGGACGACACCGCGUCAAAGUGUAGUUCCAGAACCCGAAGAAUCCGACAGCGGUGAAGAUCUGAUGAACACAGACAUUGAGGAACUACGUGAGGCCGCCGAAAGUAUACAGUCAUUGCAAAGGGUUCUCAAGAUUCCAUCCGAACUUCCUCAAGCUCCAAUACCGGAAUCAGAUGCUAGUGAACGCACUAGUGGCACUGAAACUAUCACCGACCUCCUUCAGCGCUCGGGUAUAGCACCUCGAGCAGGAGCGCAUCCUCGAGGUGUAAUUCAGUUCCUUCCGUCUGUUAAACCUGCUCAGUUAAUGCCGGCGCUUGGUGAUUACCCAUGGGAUAAAUCUAAACGGAUUAAUGAGCCAGACAAAAAGUUGGCAAUAAUGCGGAGAAAAACAUCAGUUCCAGAAACUUAUAUGUCCUACAGUCAGAAUGCAUUUGGCAACGACAAAGUCACUGGUAGUCGGAAAAUGUCAAGUUCAUCAACCAGAAGAAUCAGAAGCAGUGAUGAGACAGAGAUGUACAACAGGAAGAAUUCGGACGUCCCAAAAAGCGUCGAUUCUUUGGCUGGUGUUAGCAGAUUCUCUAAACUAUUAAGAUCAUUAAGGUCUUCCAGGCAAAGUUCUCCUGAGCCACAGACGUCAAUGUCUUGGAAACCAUUAGUGCUGAAUGAGAAAUCACAGCAUCAAAGGCAACAACCAAUUUACCAAGCCGAUCUUCUACUUUGGAAACGUAGGUCUCGGGCAUCGUUGCGAAGGCAUACUGAUAUCCGAAAUAUGGCUAUUCGAGAGCUGCAUGACACCGAGAAAACUUUUGUUGAAACCUUAGAAUACCUAGUUCAAAAGUACAUGAGACCUCUCCGACAGCCAUUAGAAUGUUCACUGAUCGACCCAGCGUUGGCAGAUAAAAUAUUUUACAAGAUACCUGAAAUUUUGGCUCAUCAUCAACAUUUCUUAGCUGCACUCAGUGAGCGUUUGGAAGAUUUUCCGGCUGAACCGCAAAUUGGAGACGUAUUACUUUCCCAUUUCCGGAAACAGUCGAUGGUUGAGACGUAUAUUGCUUUUGUUGAUAACUUCAAAUACGCGAAACAAAGCAUUGCUCAAGCGCGGCUUAAGCCAGCAUUUGAUAAAUAUUACAUGCGAUGCUGUCGCGAGCACCACAACAAGCUCGAUCUCGACUCAUUUAUUAUAGCACCAAUACAACGGGUACCUCGUUAUGAGCUCAUUAUUAAGCAAAUAUUAAAGCACACUUCAGUGGAACAUCCUGAUUAUGAAAAUCUUGUCAUUGCUCAAAAGCACAUUCAUGAAUUAGCAGCAAAGAUAAACAAACAGAAAGAAGAAAGUGAGGAAAUGGAACAACGUCUGCGGGAGAUUGAGGCCAUCGUUGAUGGACUAGAUGAUUUAGUGACGACUGGCAGAUCAUUUAAUCGCUAUGAUGUUGUAAAUAUUGUGACUACAAAUGGCAGUAAACAAAGAUGCUUAUUCUUGAUGUCUGAUCAACUAAUUGUAACCAGCGUUCGAAGGAAAUCACCGUCUGCAAGAAGCUUCCGGAGCAUACCUUCAACGAUUAGAACAGGAGAUUUUUUGGAAAGUAACCGCUUUAAACUACUAUUCAAAAUAUCGCUGGAUGACGUUGAAAUCGGGAAAGAAACUCUUUCGCUUCUGCAGCAAACUGAGUUGCGUAUUCGAAAUACCCAAGAGGAUUUAAACAUCAUCAACAAAAUGAUUGAACUUUCAAAGUUGCUGAGGGAAGAACAUAAGGAAAUAACCGAUUCGCUGGAUCACAUGCGUACGUCAACGAUGCAUGAAGUUAGAAUACUACAAGACCAGCUAGUUUCCGAUCAGGAGCUUACUACGGUUCAUCUACAAGUCACUACAAUAAAUGGUGUUGAACCGUUAACACUGCAUUUCCCGAACGCUGAGAAAAGAGCAUCAUGGGAGAAAGCUUUGUUUUCUGUGGCUUCUCCAACUUUGGGGAAAAAUGCUGAUGGGGCGCCGAAUGUUUGGGUUUGUACCGGGGACAAAUUCUCUGGACAAAUUGCGGUAAUUAAUGUUAAUGGAGAACCAACAAUUGAAAAUAGCACCGGUAUUGGUAAUUCAGCUAUUAUGGCUAUCUGCCCUGUACCUGCUCCCAGAAAAAGACGAAAAUAUUCUUUGGCUCAGAAGAAAGGGGUAGAUCAGCCAGGUUUAGACCUUGAAAGUAGUUCGUCAGAAACUGAGGAAUCUGACAAAGAGUCCUCACGGCGAAACAUACAAUCGACUGUUUGGCUGGGUAAUGACGACGGAGAGAUUUUCGUCUUCAACUUCUUAGAUAACGUGAGAUUAAAAGCACGAGAGAAAUGUACCCGACUACCAUUGCCUAUAGAUGAUAUUAUAUAUAUUGAUGAGCGGGUGUUUGUUUCCCUGUCAUCCAACUCCCAUGCUCAGCUUAUUUAUUUUCAACGGAGUAAAGAUGGUAACUGGGAUUUGGAUAAGCCAACUCCAGUACAGCUGGAACUGAAAACCCGGCUGAAACCAAUGUUGUCCGUCGUUUCUCGUCUAUGUGCAGCAUCUGGUAAUUCGCUCUACCUCAUCAAUCCAUACUCACUAAAUAUUGAGAAGCAAACAGAAAUCAGCAGCCAUACAGCAGAAACAGUAGGCUACAUGGCAGCACACGGUUCCACGAUUUUUAUAUCUAUGGUUAAAUCCUCAAUCAUCAAAAUCAUCAAUGCUUUUACGCUAGAAUGCGUUUUUGAGUUCAGCAUUUCACAUGUUAUCAACAAAGUGCUAUCUACUCGAGAAGACAUUAUACGACAACACAAAAUGGGGUGUUUGCGAAUUUCUGCACUUUUAUGCUGUAAAAAUAUGCUGUGGAUUGGCACUUCAUCAGGAAUCAUUUUGAAUAAAAACGUGAGUGGUACUAGAAACUGCGAAUGGACAGCAUCAUUAAACGUAGUCCAAGGUGGCCACGUUGGUCCUUGUCGAUUCUUAACCGCAGUUAACGUUUCGUCUUCUACUGCUCUCUACGACAUGCGUCGUCGAAGAAUGUCGUUGAAUGCUCCAUCCUUACAGCAAAUUGAUCAGAUGUUAGUCAUCAGCGGUGGUGAAGGAUUUGAUAGCAUGGAAAAUGAAAUUAGAGAUGAACAAACUGGUAAUGACGAUGCCAUCAACUAUUUGUUGUUUUGGACCGUAUAG